AUGAAUGUUAAAACACGGUGGGUUUUCACAGCCAACAGUGACCGUCACACAAUAGUCACCAACACUUUCCCCAGAUCCAUAGCCGCUUCAUACAUCCGUGUUUAUCCGCUGACCUGGUAUGGCUGGAUGUCCAUGAGAGUGGAAUUCAUAGGAUGCCCUAUUGCCCCACUUUGCAACCGUCCACUGGGCCUGGAAUCUGGAAGAAUCCCCAAUGCACGAAUCACCUCCUCAUCGGCUUACAAUGGACGCUACACAGCACCAAAUGGACGACUUCACAAGCCUUUCUGCUGGAUUGCCAGACAUAACAAUCGUAACCAGUGGUUUAAGGUCGACUUUUUAAGAACUACAACUGUGCGAAAGAUUGUUACACAGGGAAGACGAGAUGCCAACCAGUGGGUGACAAGAUACAAGCUGACAUACAGCUUGGACACGCUGCACUGGGCAACCUACAGACAGAGAAGUCAGGAUAAGUACUUCACUGCCAAUCGUGACCGUAUCAGCGUUGUGGAUAACGUCCUGUCUCCACCAAUACAAACUCGCUAUCUUCGUCUGCACCCGUGGGGAUGGCAUGGCUACAUCUCCAUGAGAGCCGAGUUUUAUGGCUGCAGAGCAGAUCCUUGUGAUGUUCCCUUGGGAAUGGAGGACGGUCGCGUUACCAAACAAGCUGUUACGGCAUCGUCCAUGUACAACUAUUACUACGGACCGUGGAAUGCCAGACUUCAGUCCAGGAAUCACGGCUAUGUUCGAGGAGGUUGGAUCGCAAAGUACAACAAUGCCAGGCAGUACUUGAAUAUAGACCUGGGCACAGUCUCUCGACUCAAGCGAAUCGCUACCCAGGGUAGAUAUGACGCUGACCAGUGGGUCACGAGUUAUGCAGUGUCCUACAGUAUGAACAAUGUCAGAUUCAUCCCAUAUAGGGAAGGAAGAAGGAUUAAGGUUUUCAAAGGGAACUUCGAGAGGAACUUCGUCGUAACCCAUCGCUUCCUGCGCCCUUUCAAAGCACGGUAUGUUCGUAUUCACCCCCGAACAUGGCGCAGUCACAUCUCCAUGAGAGUGGAACUCUAUGGCUGCAGAUUAGGUAAACUGUGUAAUCGUCCGUUGGGAAUGCAGAAUCGCCGCAUCAGAAAUGUCGCCAUUACGUCAUCAUCUCGCUGGGAUAAUCAUCAUGCUCCUUAUUUAGCUCGGCUACAAAACCAACGCAGGGGGAGGUACAUGGGCGGCUGGUCUGCAGGAGCGAAUAACGCCUUCCAGUGGUUACAAAUUGACUUGGGGAGACCCACUAAAAUCGUCCGUAUAUCGACUCAAGGUAGACCCACCGUUAACCAAUGGGUCACAUCAUAUUAUCUACUGUACAGUCAGGAUGGAGUUUACUUUGCUUUUUAUUUUGAACGCAAUACGAGGAAGAUUUUCCAAGCCAACCGCGAUAGGAACACAGUUGUUUCCCAUGCCCUUGUUCCACCAAUCCGAGGCCGUUUUGUGCGACUUCACAUCAGGUCCUGGUACCGACACAUCUCAAUCAGAGUUGAGCUCUAUGGCUGUACAAUCGGUAAGGUUAACUGUUUCUUCUAG